UUGAGAAAACACGUCGGAGUUGUGGAAGAAAAGGGAUAAAACUACCUUAAAGAAAGUGCAAAGUGCAAUUUUGUGUGGGGUCGGUCUACAGUGGCUUUUGGGCGAAUAGUUGUCGGGCAGUAGUUUAAUUAUUUCCCGUCGCCGCUAGUGCUGCAGACAAGUAGAAGAAGAAGCAGCUGGAUUUGAGGCAGCGCAGCGAGUAGCACCAAAACCAACCACAAUCCGCGAGACGUACAGACACGGGCAGACAACAAAAUGAUGAAGCAAACAGUAAACAAAAGCGGCAACAACAAACCGAAGAAGCAGCUCCAGCCAGCUCCAUCGUCGAUUAUAACAUACAGUCCCAGCAAAUUCUUGACUAAGGUCGGAUGUUCGGACUACAUCGUCACAGAGCACACCCACACACACACACACACAACGACAGCGACGGGAGCAGCGAAAACAAAUAAAUCGUCGGCGGUCGGAACACCCGCGUAUUAUGUGGUCAGCGCUGGGUCCUUGGGCAGUGCUGCCUCGAUGUCAGGAGCAAUCACAAUGAGUUCGCCGCCCAAGGCCCCCGCAGCAACAUCCGCUGGCAUAAGAUCCCCCACACAACCGAUUCACAUCAGCCCCGGACCAGUGAUAUUGACAGCGUCGCCCUCAACGCCAACAGAAAGUUCCAGCACCAUCUCGGCCCACAGUGAAUCUUCGUUUUGCGAUAAAAUGGAGCACAGUUACAUGCGCGAUACGUCACGUGCCGAGUUGUCCAAUGGCCUGGCACCGGUUCGCCACAUCCUGGUUAACCAUCCUCCGCAAUGCACCAGCUGCCACACAUAUCCGCAGCAGGACCUGGAGUCAGACCAGUCCCAUGCGCCACCCUACGACGAGAUAUCCGCCAAGGAGAUGAUGAACGAGUGUGCCAGGAUUUCCAAGUAUGUGAAGAACACCAAUUCCGACGAUCAGGACUGGGUGGCACGACUAAAUAAAUCUACCUGGAGCCCUAUCCAAACGACGCUGUUCGAGAGGGUAUGCAGCAUACUCGACCAGGACCAGUUGGCGCGUCUGGCCAACGACAAGCGCCAGCACGAGGUUGUCCAUCGUCGUGUGAGCGUGGACAAGUCCGCAUCGCGAAUGCGUCGGGCUUUGGGCAGCGUUGCCUGGGAUCAGCGCAUCACUCAAUGGCUACACACACUGCUCAUGCAGUCGCUGCCGCCCUCGUACAUGGCCUCCUAUCUGGACAUGAUGCAAACACUGAAAACUAAGCUGCCGACCCUGAUGGACAAGCUGCUGUUCAGUCGGCCGCUCAGCAAUAACCAGGAGCUGCUCGCCCCCGUCAUGAAGAAGCGAUGGGAGCCAACUAUUCUGCCCAAGAAUCGUCAAUUGUCGCACAAUGCCAUCAUGGUGGUGCUGCCAAAUAUGCCCAGCAGCAGCAGUGUGCCUGAGCGCAUGCACAAAUGGUAUCGCUCGCUGGCUACCAUCUGCCAGGUUGUCCAGAUUACCAUGCCCAAUACGAACGAUCGGAUUGCCAAUCACAAUCUGGAUCAGGUGGCCGAAGUCAUUGUGUGCCUCACACGUGUCCGCAUAAACGAGCUGCGCACCGAGAAUCCCAAUCGUGGCAUCAUUCUUGUGGGCUUCAAUGCCGGCGCAUCCCUGGCCCUUCAGGUGGCCCUCUCGGAGAGCCUGGCGUGUGUCGUUUGCAUGGGCUUCGCCUACAACACAUUACGUGGUCCUCGUGGCUCUCCCGAUGACCGCAUCCUGGACAUCAAGACGCCCAUUCUGUUUGUGAUUGGCCAGAAUUCGGCACGGAGCAGCCAGGAGGAAAUGGAGUCGCUGCGCGAGCGCAUGCAAUCGGAGUCCUCUCUGGUGGUCGUCGGCAGUGCGGACGAUGUCCUGCGUGUGCCCAAGAGCAAGAGACGCAUCGAGGGCGUCACCCAGUCGAUGGUGGAUGCCAUGGUGGUGGACGAAAUCUAUGAGUUUGUGAACAGAACGCUGAUGGAUCCCCCGGGUCCGCGUGUACCCAUGGCCCUGCACAACCAAAGCACACAGCGCGGCCAGAACAGGCUGCAUCAGCAGCACGCCCUGGGCUUCGAGAAGGGAGGAGCCCAGCAGAAUCGCAAGCGCAAAGGGGAGGUUGGAUUGGACGAGAGCGGAAUGCCGAACAGCAAAAGCAAGUUUGUGCCGCACAUCCGCAGGCCGAAGGCACCGCGCCUCGUUGAUCCAUUUGCUCCCAAGCGAAAGGUUGGAAGACCUCGUACACGCCCACUGCCGAAUGCAGCCACUCCAGCUGGUUCUGGCAUUCAAAACAACAACAACAACAACAACAACAGCAACAGCAAACGUGCUCUCAGCGUAGACACAUUAAAUCAAUCCAUUGAAUUCCUACUAGAUGAUAGCAUGGACAGCGAUGAUACUGCAUCUGCAUCUGGUGGAUCUGUGGCAGGAGUAGGAGUAUCUGCUGGAGUGGCUGCUGGCGCAGGCAUCCCCAAGGUGACCACGUCCGUGGCAGGGGCAUUUGAUAUGGCCUACAAAUCGCAACCGACGACGGUUAACCUGGCAGCUGGCACCAAAAUCAAGAUGAUACCCUCCAGCCAAUUUGUGCAGAUCAAAUCCCUGACGCCGCAAAAUAAACUGAUCAAUUAUACGGUGAACAAGCCCUCCACAACGGGCACCAUUGGCAGCAUUGUGAAGACUCUAGGGGGCCCUGCCUCGGGCGGGCAACAGUACUUCACUCUCAAGACGUCGACGGGACAGACAACGAAAUUUGUGGCCACCCCCUCGCCAGCAGGAGCAGCAGGAGCGACCCCGCCGCAACAAAAGUAUACGGUGUUCAAGAAUGCCAGCGGCAUGACCAUGCUGCAGUUGAACAAGAAUCAGUUAACCGGUGUGGACAUGUCGAGCAUCAUUGAUAUGCCAAUUGUGUUUGCCGACAAUGAGGGGAACAUACCCGAAGGGGAGAAGGAUCCGAAGAUAGUGCCAGCCACACCCGGUCGCAAUCCCAACAGCAAGAGUCCAAUCAUCAUCAGUCAGAAGAUCAUAAAGGAGGCCAAUGUCUCCAAGACAAUGCCGUCAAGCAGCACACCCGUCACCAGCAAGGUAGGCAACAAUAUCGUCCUCAACAAGGGAAUCCAGCAGCUGUUCACCACCUCGCCGGGCGGAACCACCACCCCAAUUGUUGGCCAAAACAAGGUGGUCUAUCUCAAUCGGAAUCAGAUGAAGCCAAUAAGCAAUAUAGUGACAACUGGCCAACGCGUGCCCGUACGUAUUCUCAGCAGUACUCCGAAGAGUGCCACACCCAGUGGCAGCACAGGCAGUCCGCUUCUGUUGGACACCUCCUCGGGAUCCCUAGUGUCCAGUGUCAAGGCGUCGCCCAUGCCCUCGGGCACACUCCGCCACACGGGCAUCAUUAGCGUAGGCAACAAGACGUAUCCACAGUUCCAGAUGGUCAACAGUGGCAGCCUAGGGACGCAGCCCAAGGUCACAACAGUGGGCGCAGACGGCAAGAUGUCAAUUGGGAAUGUGAGCAUCAAGUCUGGCACAGGCAUCAGGCAGGUCCCCGUUCUGAUGAUGGCGAACCGUGCGGCCGGAUCGUCCCCAGCAUCCACUACUCCUGGCGGCGCUGCCGUCCGCCGUGUCGUCAACAUAGCCUCUGUCUCCAAGCUGAGUUCUGGCCAGGUCUCCGCCGAUUCGAAGGUCGUCAAGCUGCAGCCACCUACAAAGCAGAAUGAGAAUUAAGAAUCGCAGAUAUAAAGGGAAUCAUACAAUCUAUAAAUUAAUAUGUAAGCACAGAAUCGGAUCCCCAAUCAUUUUUAAAGAGAGUUUUAAAUUUGAAUUAAUCUUUUCAGCCCCCAUCCCAUGUAGAUUGUUGCAAAAUGUUAUUUAAAUCGAAAUAAAAUUACCCCUAAGAUUCAGCUAA